AUGGGUAUAUAUCAGCAAGGCAGCAGUCGGCCUACCAGACAGAAGACAACCACCGUCUCCCAUAACAUCUGCAACUGCAACUGCAUAAGAGAGUUAGGUCAAAAGCAACUGUACUCUCUGGAGGAGGCUCCAACACUUUUCGAACAGUUUAUAAAAGAUUAUAAUAAAGAGUAUGAUGAGAACGAGAAGGAAGAAAGGUUUAAAAUAUUUGUGAACAAUUUAAAGGACAUUAACGCUAUGAACGAGAGGAGUUCCAAUGCUGUUUACGGUAUCAAUAAGUUUUCGGAUCUGAGCAAAGAGGAAUUCGUAAAGUUUUAUACUGGUCUGAAAGGAGAUGAGUGUCCAAUGGGUGAGGAUCAUAAAAGUACUGAUUUGCCGGAAUCAUUUAAUGUUACUGCACCGGAUCAAUUCGAUUGGCGAAAGAAAGGAGUCGUCACUAGUGUAAAGAAUCAAAGACUUUGUGGUUCAUGCUGGGCAUUUAGUGCAUCUGCUAAUGUUGAAAGUAUAAAUGCUAUAAAGACUGGUAAGCUCAUCGACGUGUCUGAGCAACAACUAGUGGAUUGUGAUAAACAAGAUAACGGAUGCGGAGGAGGGUACCCUUGGAAUGCUAUGAGGGAGUUAGGUCAAAAGCAACUGUACUCUCUGGAGGAGGCUCCAACACUUUUCGAACAGUUUAUAAAAGAUUACAAUAAAGAGUAUGAUGAGAACGAGAAGGAAGAAAGGUUUAAAAUAUUUGUGAACAAUUUAAAGGACAUUAACGCUAUGAACGAGAGGAGUUCCAAUGCUGUUUACGGUAUCAAUAAGUUUUCGGAUCUGGACAAAGAGGAAUUCGUAAAAUUUUAUACUGGUCUGAAAGGAGACGGGUGUCCAACAAAUGAGGUUCAUAAAAGUACUGAUUUGACAGAAUCAUUUAAUGUUACUGCACCGGAUCAGUUUGACUGGCGAAAGAAAGGAGUCGUCACUAGUGUAAAGAAUCAAAGACAUUGUGGUUCAUGCUGGGCAUUUAGUGCGUCUGGUAAUGUUGAAAGUAUAAAUGCUAUAAAGACUGGUAAGCUCAUCGACGUGUCUGAACAACAACUAGUGGAUUGUGAUAAACAUGAUAACGGAUGUAGAGGAGGAUACCCUUGGAAUGCCAUGAGGUACUUCCGUGAAAGCGGUGCAAUGUCUUUAAAGUCUUAUCCUUACGUUGCUACAAGCGAGAAUUGCCGUUAUCACAGCAGUGAAGUUGUAAUCAGGUUAAAGGACUAUAAACGCAUUACAAAACUGUCGGAAGAUCAAAUUAAGGAACAUCUCUACAAUAUCGGACCGUUGAGUAUAGGUAUAGAUGGAUGGCCAAUUCAAGGGUACGCAGGUGGAAUUCUUAUUGAAGGAUGUAAUGAUGUUAUUCGAGUCAAUCACGCAGUUCUUUUGGUAGGAUACGGAAAAGGUCAAAAGCAACUGUACUCUCUGGAGGAGGCUCCAACACUUUUCGAACAGUUUAUAAAAGAUUACAAUAAAGAGUAUGAUGAGAACGAGAAGGAAGAAAGGUUUAAAAUAUUUGUGAACAAUUUAAAGGACAUUAACGCUAUGAACGAGAGGAGUUCCAAUGCUGUUUAUGGUAUCAAUAAGUUUUCGGAUCUGAGCAAAGAAGAAUUCCUAAAAUAUUAUACUGGUCUGAAACGAGAGGAGAUUCCAUCGAAUGAGGAUCAUAAAAGUACCGAUUUGCCAGAAUCAUUUAAUUUUACUGCACCGGAUCAAUUUGACUGGCGAAAGAAAGGAGUCGUCACUAGCGUAAAGAGUCAAGGAUAUUGUGGUUCAUGUUGGGCAUUUAGUGCGUCUGCUAAUGUUGAAAGUAUAAAUGCUAUAAAGACUGGUAAGCUCAUCGACGUGUCUGAACAACAACUAGUGGAUUGUGAUAAACAGGAUGGAGGAUGUUCAGGAGGGGCGACAUGGAGUGCACUGAGAUAUUUCCUCGAUCAUGGUGCUAUGUCUUUGAAGUCUUAUCCUUACGUUGCUAAAAACGAGAAUUGCCGUUAUGAUAGCAGUAAAGUUGUAAUAAGAAUAAAGGACUUCAAAAAUAUAAUGCAACUAUCAGAAGACCAAAUUAAGGAACAUCUCUACAAUAUCGGACCGUUGAGUAUAGAUAUAACAUCAUCAUCACUUGCAUGGUAUACAAGUGGAAUUCUUAUUGAAGAGUGUCAUAGCAGCAUCAAGAUAGAUCACGCAGUUCUUUUGGUAGGAUACGGAAAAGAAAACGGCGUUGAUUACUGGAUCGUCAAGAACUCUUGGAGUCAUAAUUGGGGGGAAAAAGGUUAUUUUAGAAUGAAGAGGGGAGUGAACUGCUUAUUGAUAACUCAUGAUGGAAUUACAACAGCUGUUAUAUAG